ACCUCCUCUUGUUUCGGUAACUUUCUCAAUCAAUUCCCACGUGAAAAAGGAAAAACACAACAUAACAAAACUUGUAAAUUUCACAAGUCAUUCAUAGGUCCAAACCUUGAAACUGUAAAGAGUCCUUGACCAACAGCAGACAGACACAAAAACUCAACUUCUUCGUUGUUGGCAUUAACGGCGUGAAACUACCCUUCACCUCCAUUCAAUUUAGAAUUCCUCCCACUUGCCAUCCUUUUAUUUCCAAUCACCGCGCUCUUCAUUACUCAGUUUCGCUCAGUUUUCCUUCUUUACAAUCAUUUCUGACGCUGUUUCGUAGCUCUACCAAUGGCGUCCGGUCCUGAGCAGCCCCGGCUUUCUUCUCGCCAAAAGGGGGGUUCUUCAGGUGAGCUUGGCGAUGCACAGGAGCCUCUUCUUAGUGAGGUUCACAAUUCAGAAAACUAUUCUGUUCUUGCUGCAAUACUACCGUUUCUAUUCCCAGCUCUUGGAGGACUACUAUACGGUUAUGAUAUUGGUGCCACCAGUUGUGCCACAAUCUCCGUAGAGUCGCCCACAUCAAGUGGAAUAUCAUGGUACAACUUGUCGUCUGUGGAAAUUGGUCUCAUAACUAGUGGCUCAUUAUAUGGUGCCUUGAUUGGAUCUUUGCUGGCCUUUAAUGUUGCCGACUUCUUAGGAAGAAGGAGGGAGUUGAUUUCGGCUGCUAUAUUGUAUCUUCUUGGAGCUCUAGUAACCGCAUUAGCACCUGACUUGCCUGUUAUGGUGAUUGGGCGUGUUGUAUUUGGUAUAGGAAUUGGACUGGCAAUGCAUGCUGCUCCGAUGUAUAUUGCUGAGACAGCUCCAAGUGAGAUACGUGGUCGACUGAUAUCUCUUAAAGAGUUCUUUAUAGUACUUGGGAUGGUUGGAGGGUACGGAAUUGGUAGCCUUUUAGUUGACACAGUUGCUGGUUGGCGCUAUAUGUACACAGCGGCUAUCCCUUUGGCAGUAAUUAUGGGAAUUGGAAUGUGGUGGCUACCAGCAUCACCUAGAUGGAUCCUUCUGCGUGCCAUACAGGGAAGAGGAAAUAUGCAUGAGUUAAAAGAGACUGCAAUCUCUUGCUUGUGCCGGCUUAGGGGUACAGCCAUUGGUGAUUCAGCUCCUGCACAAGUGGAUGAGAUGCUGGCUGAGCUUUCUUAUGUAGGUGAAGAGAAAGAAGCUUCAUUAGGCGAGAUGUUUCAUGGAAAAUGUUUGAAAGCCCUUGUGAUUGGUGCAGGAUUAGUGUUGUUCCAACAGAUUACAGGGCAACCAAGUGUGCUGUAUUAUGCUGCAUCGAUUUUUCAGAGUGCAGGAUUCUCUGAAGCAUCUGAUGCAACACGGGUCUCAAUUUUACUUGGUGUUUUCAAGUUGAUAAUGACUGGAGCCGCUGUUCUUGUUGUUGAUAGACUUGGGAGGAGACCUCUACUACUUGGAGGUGUUUUGGGGAUGGUCAUCUCUUUAUUCCUUUUGGGAUCAUAUUACCUUUUCUUUGAUAAUGCCCCAAUUGCCGCUGUAGUUGCACUGCUGUUGUAUGUUGGGUGUUAUCAGUUAUCGUUUGGUCCCAUUGGUUGGCUAAUGAUAUCAGAAAUUUUCCCCUUACGAUUAAGAGGGCGAGGACUCAGUAUAGCAGUGCUUGUGAAUUUUGCUGCAAAUGCGCUGGUGACAUUUGCAUUUUCCCCUCUCAAGGUAUGGCUGGGAGCUGGAAUAUUGUUUUAUGCAUUUGGAGCAAUAGCUGUGGCAUCUCUUGUGUUCAUUUUCUUCAUUGUCCCAGAGACAAAGGGGCUUACACUUGAGGAAAUUGAGGCCAAGUGCCUUUAGGGUUGGUUUUGUCCUCCUAUUCCCUUCCCUAUCACAGACGGGUUUAGCUAGAAAUCUGGUUCAUAUAUCAUCCCCUCCCCUCCAUUUUCUGAUAUGGAGGAGGGGGAGCGAAUCGGAAUAUACCAUUCUACUGUUCUGGUGUAGUCCCUCAUGAGCUUAAGUCCUAAUAUAGAGUUGACAUACCAGCAUUCAUGUCUGUUAUAUAUAUAUAUAUUAUACUUCACCUAAAUAUGACGUCACAUGUAUGAACGAAUAUUCUUUUAAAUGUAUUAUAUAUGAUGACGAUGAUAGGGGAAUUUAUUUUAUUU